GCUUAAUAUUAUUGAUUAAAUGGUUAAAAUCUCAAUAAAGAAAACUUAAAAAAAAUUGUAGAGGAAAAAGAAAAGAAAAGAUGGAAACAGAAGAAUUGAGCGACGACACUCCCUGUUCUUCCAUCGCCGUUGAUUCCAUUCUCCGUAUUGGAUAUGCAGGGUUAUUAUGGGGAGUGUGUUCAGCUCCUUACCGUGCUAACAAAUUAGGGCUUGCUGGUGUUCCCCGGGCAGCAUUUGUGGCAAAGACUGUGGGAACAUAUGGAAUCCAAUGCGGACUGUUUGCUGGGAUUUUCUCUUUUACAAGUUGCCGGAUGCAAACAUAUCGAAGGGAGAAGGAUUGGGUAAAUGCCUUGGUUGGUGGUGCUAUAGCAGGUGCUGCUGUUGGUGCAGGGACCCGAAACUGGAAACAGGUAGCUGUGCUGGCUAGUGUUGUAUCCGCCACUCUUUCUGCUGCUAACGGAUCUAAAGUACUUUAAAGGGCCUCUUUAGCCGUAGUUGGAUGAGCUGGAGGCAUUGAUUAUAUUUCUUCUAUCACUUACUGCUUGCGAUAUGAGGAGUUUUGGUUUUACCAUGGAACUGAGUAUGUCACUUGUCUUCAAGCUAGAAAGUAGUUUUAUAGGCUUUUUAAAGUAUCAUUCAAACUUUUGUAGGUAGGAAUGAGGUGUCUAUAAAAUUGAUUAUGCAUACCAAGGAGAACAAUUAAGUAUACAUUACCAUGUGAA